AUGCAGAACCGGGAUGAUCUCGGUCCCUUGGGUGUUCCACAACCUCAAGAAAAGGCUUGUGAACGAUGUCGCAAUCUGGAUCUGGAAUGCAUUGUUGAGCGUACCUUUUUAGGACGCCCCGCAGCGAAGCGCCUUCGUGGCAUGGCGGCUCAAGAGAAUGAUACCGUAAUUAAUGGGCCUAUCACUUCUACGCUUUCCAGCGACGAUAUACAAGAUCAUCUAUUCUCCGAUGCAGCGGAGAUUGGUCCCGAUUGGCAGAAGGAGUUGCGAACGAAAUUAGCUCCGCGUCCGACUAAAGAAGAGCGUUUCAAAUCGAUGAUAGAGCCCCAUUUUUUUCUUUCAUCAAUCUUGUCCAAAGAUCAAGCAUUUGGGAGUGAUAUAGCUCAACCCCCUUCAGGUUGGGACGCAUCUCUUACAGAGCUCAUUGACAACGACACUGCGGAGUCGCUUGAGAAGAGAUUGGUAGAACUUAGAAGCCGCCUACUCUCGAAUGACUUCACGUCGAUCAAUUCUGCAACCAAGCUGCUCUUCGCGCUGCUCUGCUUGACUGCUCUAGACAUUGACGAGGCCUUAGCCAAAAGCCACCCCUCUUUGAGUUCGAGUCUACGCCUUGCCGUGGCAUUCGUCGGCCAAGAAUUUAUAUUUUCGCCACCAACGCACCAUGACACGGUCGUGGUUUGCCUAUUUUUAGCAGACUACAAACCCACAGCUUUAGCUACGACACAAAGGGUCUUACAUCGUGCCAUUAAGUCUGAAAUGUUUGUUCAUCUAGCUCAAAGAAUGGCAGAACGACUUGAAGAAAAUUCGGAACAAGGAGGUACACUUCCAUCUGAGUUGUAUAUUGUGGAUGGUGCCCAGUUCGAUUUUGGCUUUAGUCGAACGGUAGAGCGCUUGCAGCUUUUGCAUUAUGACACAUUCCUGGAUGGCUACCUUGCAAAAUCACAUUAUGCUUUACGAAAAGCUCUUGCGAAGAUGACGCCUGUUGUCGAGGUGUACCAGGUUGUUUUGAAAUAUCGGCAGUGCUCACCAAGAACUAUCUUCCACAUAAAUUGGGCCAUGUCAGUCUGCGUUCUAUUGAACGCUGUGGCAAAUUUAAAAGAAAGAUGGAACAACCCCGGAUCGCUGUUUGGGGAAAUUGAAGAGGCUGAGAGGAGAUGCGUUGAGCAACUGAAAACAAGUGGUGUCUUAUUGGAGAAAUCAUCAGGCAUGUUUGAUUCGCAAGAGAUAGAGGCUGCUCGCUCCAUCUUAGAGCUGAGGUUCAAUUCUAUUAUCGCUAGGAUAUGGGGCCUCGGGCUUUUAUAUGCCUCGGUCCUUAAAGUAAGGUCUUUGGAAGGCGGACUGAAAUGGGACCACGAGAUUGAGAGCUAUGAAGCAAUUCAAAUCAGUGAUCAAGUCGGAGGAAGCAGAGAAGAUAUGAUCGCAGGCACACCAGAACCAUUUGCUAUGGCAUUGAGUCAGCUUGGAAUCAAGUAUCCUAAAAGGCUAACAAGUCUUUUGGAGAUCUUCAUCGGGUGCACGGAUUUGAGGCUUGCUGGCACAAGCUUUCGCCCUCCACUUCAACAUGUUGCUCUGGAGGUUCUCACACAUUGCAAAAAUGUUGUUGAAAACAAUCUUGUGCAGUUGAAGUGUUUUGGACAAUUGAACCCGGAAUUUGACAAACAGCUCGAGCUGUUUACCAUAUGCGCACAGCGAUUUGAUUCUAUGGUUGCCGCGCCGUGGACAUCAACCGACGUGGCAUUUGCUAAUGGCUGCGUCUAUGCCGUGGGCAGUAAAAUAAUAUCGGGCUUUUGCCAGGUGAUGCAAACGGCGAAAGAAAACCUUUCGAGGCGAAUUGAGAGACAGGAGAGUCAGCACGGAGAGGAGAGACAGGCAGGAGAGGCAGGAGAGGCAGGGGUGGGAUUUCCGCCCAUGUACUCAGACAUGAGUGAAGGCACUUUCUUUGACUUGACUACUUCAACUGAAGCAUGGAAUAUGUGGCCUUAUCUUGGAGGAUUCGACCCGCUUCCCAACCCACUGGAGCUUUAUAACUGGAUUGAAGGCCAGAACACCGAUGUUGAUCCUGGGAGUAUCCUAUUUCUAUAA